CUCCCUAGCCUACGAAUCCAAAGUCCCCGGAUAACUCAAGAGCUGGCUAGCGGGAUUUCUAAAGGGAGGCGGGAAGAGCUUCAUCCUUUUCGCAGCGACCGACGCGCGGGAUCCCUUCGCCCCUCAAGCAUCCCUCCCGGGCAAGAGCUAGAAACGAAAGCGCGCCCAGGAACUUCAAAACCCGGGCAGAGAGGGCGCGCGAGCCCAGUCCUCCUCGCGCUUCCUUUGUGUCCCAGGCGGCUGCGGCUGACCACCGCCGGCUGCGGAGCUUUCCUUGCCCCUCCCGCUCCGACCAGCCCGCCCUGGCUCCCCUCCCGCCCACCGGCUUCCCCUGCCCUGGCGGAGGGAGAACGUGUUCGCCUCUGGGCCGUCAAGAUGGCGGCAUCGGCGGGGUCCGGCGGCCCCGGGGAGCCCGACCUGGGGGCGAGUGGGGAGCCCCGCGCUCUCUCCCCGGAGGAGAUCGCCCGCCGGCUGCAGAGCACAAGGCGGGAACUGAGUAACAGGCGCAAGAUACUGCUGAGGAACCUGCCCGCCGAAAGCAGCAGCCAGGAAAUCCAUGAGUUAUUAAAAGACUUUGAGCUGAAGUAUUGCUAUGUGGACAAACAUAAAAGAACAGCUUUUGUUACUCUGUUGAAUGGGGACCAAGCUCAGAGUGCAAUACGGCUAUUUCACCAACAUUCCCUCCGAGGAAAAGAAAUAUCACUGCAGCUUCAGCCAACCGAUGCCCUGCUCUGCAUUACCAAUUUGCCCCCUUUCUAUACGUUGCAAGAGUUUGAAGAGCUAGUGCGACCUUAUGGGAAUGUUGAAAGACACUUCUUGGUAUACAGUGAAGUCACGGGCUAUUCCAAGGGCUAUGGUUUUGUGGAAUACAUGAAAAAGGAUUCUGCAGCAAAGGCUAGGUUGGACCUUCUUGGCAAACCAUUAGGUGAAAAUGUCCUUUUUGCACAAUGGAUGGAUGCUAAUCAAAUAACUGCAGAACUCAUACAUUCAAAAUGCCUUUGUGUGGAAAACCUUCCUAUAGACUAUACUGGUGAUGACCUCUUGCAAAAUUUCUCAACUAAUUAUAAGCCUGUGUUCUACCAACUUGCUCAGGAUGAAGACAGCUCCGUUGGUGGCUUUGCAGUAAUUGAGUAUGAGACAGCAGAACAAACAGAGGAAGUGCAGGAAAGCACAGAUGGUUUGACUAUCAACGAAAAAAGAGUCCACGUGUCUUAUUGUGCUCCUGGAGCUCCUGGCCGCAGUACUCUUGCUACACUUAUAGCAGCACAACGAAUGAUGAAAAACAAUCAAAAAGGAUUACUUCCAGAACCAAAUGCUGUGCAAAUCAUGAACAGCUUAAAUACUCCAGGCAUGUUGCAGAUGUUGUUACGGCAUCAGAUGCAUGGAUGUGCUAAUAAAUUUGUCCUAGGAGCUCCCAUGAAUGUGCCUCACCUUGUAAAUCCAUCAGUCGGUCCAGCCUUUUUGCAUUUGAAUAAAAUUCAUCAGGGUCCUGUUUUUGGAAAUGCAUCAAAUUUGUUGCUACAAAAUUUAUCACAUCUACAUAUGGCACCACUAUCAAAGAUUGAGAAUAUACAACCUAAUAGUAAACCAAGUUUGCUUGGAGAGCCUCCAGCUAUGUUGCUUCAAACAAUGUUAGGAAUGGGGCCUUUACCACAAGUGGCCACGGACAUGGGGAGCCAAGGGGAACCAUUAUCUCAUCAGACUCCAGGUUCAACAGCGAUGGCAGCAGGGAUGGGCUUACUGCCAUUCUUCCCUAACCAGCAUGUAAUUGGGCAAGCAGUGCCAAGGCAAACUAACACCCAAGAGAAGUUGCCAUCUUCACUGGGACUGACAGAAGGCACCGGCUCUGCAUCACAAGGAUAUCUGCAGAGCUUAGGAAGCCUUCAGGGAGGACAACUGCAAUCACAGAACCAGCCAAAGAAUACUGACUCAAGCAUUGGUAGUUGUUCCAAAAAUCAAACCUCUCUACUUGGAGAACCUCCUAAGGAAAUACACCUCAGCACAAAUCCCUACUUGAACUUGGCAAGUGUUCUACCUUCUGUGUGUCUUUCAGGAGCAGUCCCCAACAAAGCUAAUAAUACUAAGUCGCAAUCUGUAGCUGCAAGUAACUCAAUCAACAGUGUAAAUGCUCAGGGAAACACACCACAGCAUGCAGUGGAAAACUCUUUUAACUAUGCACGGCAGUAUAAUGAUUACACACAGGAUUCAGUCCAGCAGUGGUAUCAACAAUAUGCUCAGGCAUACCAUAGCAUUCAAACUAAAGUAGGAGACUUAGAAAGCAGUGGCUCAGACGAAUCCAAUGGAGGAGUUUAUGGUGAUUAUGGUACCUAUUUACAGGUUAUGCCUUCAUAUUAUGCUGCAGCUCAAGGAUUCUUCCAUCCAAGCGUCUUGCCGUUUACACCUCAAAAUCCCCUGAAGAUGACGCCAAUGAAAAAUGAAAAGCGGAGCUCUUCAUACCUCAUCACAAAUCCAGAAGACAAUCCAGUGGAAUAUGUUGGCCCACAUACUCAGGGCUCCGGAAUGCAUUAUACAGAACUGUACCUUAAAAGAAAGCGUGUCUAUUAAGAUUUCUAUCUAAUUGAAAUCAAAAUCACUUUUUGUGGCAUUCUUGCCACUGUUCUCUUUUAAUAUAUAUAAAUAUAUUGUAGAUAACAUGUGCAAUAGUAUUGCAGAAAUUAGUUUUGAUAAGGAAAAAUGGUAUGGGGAAGAAGCUCUUGUCUUGUGGAUUAAUUUUUGUUGUUGUUUGGGCUGACAGUAACGUGUUUAGAAGAACAGCAAUGCUAUGGUGUGAGAGCUACUCUCAAAACAAUGAAAUAAUGGAAUUUUCCAAAUGUCUUGCUGAGAAACUGCAUUCAUACCCUUAAAAAGCAAUAAUGCUGGUCAGUGAUAUUACAAGAAGUCUCUGAUUACUUAGUCCUUGAUUGAAUAAGAUUCGUGUAUAAUUCUUUUUUCUGUUUCACAAUAAUAAUACACUCUUAUUGAGAUGAUUGGGUUUAGAUUUGCAACUUUCAAAUGUAAAUAAAAUUAAGCAACUCUCCUAGCAGUAAGUUAGGAAAAUGUCAAGAUACACAUGUCUUAUUGAAAAUAACAUUGUUGAAAUAUAAAGUAUGUUAUGACAAACUUUCUGUGGAACUGAAGGACUGAAACUAGAUUUAUGUUUGUAGAUGUUGGCCUUUAGAAUUAUAAGUUCUAAACCUAGAGACAAUAUUUAAACACAUUUUCAAAUAUAGUGUGUAUGAAUACAUACACACACACACACAUAUAUAUAUAUAUAUAUAUAUCCUAUUGGAGCUGAAUUUAUUACAGUCACUUGCAUUUAAUUAAAAGAAUAUGCUUUCCAGAUGGUUCUUGCAAACACCUGAUUUAUCUCACUGCCAACUUGGAAAUUCUGGAGAUGUUCCCCAGAAGUAAUAUUCUGUACAUACUUGAAACAUUUCUGUUGAUAUGCUAUCUUUUAUUUCUAACUUGUCUACUUGUGAGUGAAAAUGUGCUUGAAACAGGCUUAUUUACCCCAGUGUGCUCACAGUCUUGAGAACUGUAAUAUGACUGUAAUAUGGCUUUACCAUAAAACUAAAUGUGUUUAAAUCUGAUUGAAAUAUUUAUUAGGGUUGUGUCACUGAGUUCAAUAGCAGCUUAAUUGCUGCAAGCUGCUGUUCUGUAGAAUUAGACCUGUCAUAUUUUGACACUAAGCAAUGGGUUUUGGUUGUAUGCUCCUGGAAAAAGGAAGCCACUUCUGAAAGGAUGACGCCACUUCUAUAUUUAUGUAUUGGUUUCAUUACAUUUCCAAUACCUUUCGACCAAUCAAGCUCUUGAUAAAUAAACGGACAUGUAAAUGUUCUUAUACGUCUAAAUAGUUUAGUCCACUUUGCUUAUAUAGGAAGAGGUUAAAUCAGCUGAAGAAUGUACAUAUUUAGCUUUUUUUACCCGCAAUAAUGUUAUCGCCAUUUCAAGAGCCAUGUAGCCAGUACUAUCCAAAGAUGUUUCUGCAGUCAUGUAGGCAACAUGGCAUUAUGGUGCACUGUUACCUCCCCCCCCCCCCGGAAGAUGAACCCUAUUCAUCUCACAUUUGCAUGUUUUCAAACUGCUAGGUUGACAGGAGAUAGUGCAAGGACAGAUGCUCAUCCACAAGCCCAGUGUCUUAGUCGCUGAGCCAUCAUGCUGUAAAAGUAAUUCAGUAGAACUAGACUGAAUUUCCAGCAUGUAUCCAGUAGAUAAUAUCCAACAGUUCUUUAUGAAAUAGUAUAUGCAGCACCCUUACACCAGUGGCUUCUAUGAAAACUUUUAUUUUAACAAAUCCCUACGCUGCUUUUUGUCAAAAUUAACAAUUGCAGGCAUUCAAGUUGAUACGCAUGAAUAUAUAUAUUCAUAUAUAUUUUUGCGUUCUUUCUGAUCUUAUUACACAUAGCCCAGUGAGUCAUGAUUGGGAGCCCCUAUAAAUAAUAAAUAACAAAUAAAUGAAUAAAAUGGACAGCAAUCAGGGAAAUGGACAUGAAGAUGACAAAACAUAAAAAUGGCCAACUGAGAUGGAUUAAUCCCUUCAAAGCACACAGAGUAUAGGCUUCAGCGCGAAGUCUUUAUUUGGAACAUUUUUUUAAAAAAUGGAUGAACAUUUCUGAAUAAAAUCAAGAGGGUUUUGUUUAAUAAAGAAUAACAAAGUGCAUAUAGAAUAUUUAUAGAUUACAUAAAAGAACAAGCAAUUUGAAAGAUGGGUUAGCAUUAAAAUUACAUUUUACAUUAUUGCAAAUCCUGAAUUACUCUGUAAAUGCAAUAUUUUAUUUUAGGAAAGAAGUUUCCUUUUAAAGAAGAAUGCCCCUUACUUUAUUUUUUUUAAUCUAAAAAAGAUUUAUGAACUGAUAGCGAAAAGGACAAUCUGGUAAAUCCAGUAUCAUGGCUCUUUUCCAUGUACAUGUAUAUUGCCAUUUUCCUUCAACUAAAAGUAUAGAAGGGAUCUGGUUUAUUUAGAUUAAACGGAUUGGGUUAGAUCUACUUAGAAUUGACCAAUGAAAUCAAAAGUCUUUCUUUAACCGUGAUUAAAUCUGGAUCCAGCUCACAAGCUUUCCAAAUCUGUAAAGUUCUGACUAUUUUCUUUAUAAACUGCAGGUAAAAUACAUACAUUAUUGUUGAAUAAUGUAUUGUAUCAUAUUUGAUCUGUGGCAACAUCCUUGUGCAGAAGGGGUGUUGCAGUUCAGAAUAAAAGAUACACACAGGUCACUUCUCUGGGUAGCUGCUUAAUUUGUUGGUAUGUCUUAUGACAUUUGCUAAAAAUAUUAUCAGGCAUGAGGUGUGUCACUUCAAUAUUGACAUAAUGCUUUUCCAUUUACCUAUUAUUUGCCUCACAUAUAAAAGAUCGGUGUAUAAAAAUCCUGCAUUCUGCAUAAGAGUCAGAACACCUACUGUAUAUAAAAAAAUUCAAAUUUCCCUUCAUAGUAAAAGGAGCGACCAUUGGCAUUUGACCAUGGCCCAAAUAUCCUAAUUCAACAUUCUUCCCCCAACCAAAAAUAACAAAUUUAAACAGACGAUUUCCUUAGCUUUCCAUUUAAGGGGAUGUCAAUAAACGAAAACAUCAAAUAACGUGCUAGGGAUGAAUGACUAGCAGAAGUCUCGGCUCUAUACAUGUGAUGGAGGCUAGGAGGCACCAAGCAUAUAGGAGACAAGUUUACAAAAUACACAAUAUACAAAAAGAAAUAGGCUGGGAUGUAAAGAACUAGUGAAU